CAGAGGACGGGGUACUGAGGAUCUGCGUCCAGACCACCAGUACAGGUACUGAAGAGCAGCUACAUGACUACAGAGAGAGGGUGACUGAACACAGGAUUGAGGUCGGAGAGAGAGAAUGAGAAGAGAAGGAAGUGCAGCCCCAGGAGACGACCAAAGUACCACAGUCCUGCGGUCCUGGGAGCUCAGAUCAACACUGCCCUCUCCUGAGAGGGGGGUUAUGUACUGAAUGCUUCACUGACGAUCUGGAAGGAUAGCCUGGAGACAGACUGUUUCCACUACAAAAAACGUGGAUAAUCUUACUGGUAUUCCACCUUGACAAGCAAACUGACCGUCUGGUAGCAAGACAGGCAGACUGAUAAACGGACAGAUUGGUGACAAGGCAGGUUAGGAGGCAGAAAGGCAAAGAGGCAGACCGACAUACAGGCAGACAGACAAAACUAUUUUACUUCCAGGCGUCCAGGUAGCCAGGCCAAGGAUGAGCAUGUCUGUUCCGCUGGAGCUGAGCUCCAUUCAGAGAGACCAGCAGGCUCUGGACACCCUGGAAAAGCAGCUCAUCUGCCCCAUCUGUCUGGAGGUCUUCACCAAACCUGUGGUCAUCCUGCCCUGCCAGCACAACCUGUGUCGCAAGUGUGCCAACGACCUCUACCAGCCCUCUCUGUUUCAGACCCGCAGCAACAUGGUGGGGCGUUUCCGCUGCCCCUCCUGCCGACAGGAAGUGGUGCUAGAUCGCCAUGGAGUCUAUGGCCUACAGCGCAACCUGCUGGUGGAGAAUAUUAUCGACGCGUACAAGCAGGAGGCCACUAGCUUUCGCCCGCCUCCCAAGUCCUCAGACCAUGUGACCUGCGAGGAGCACGAAGGUGAGAGGGUGAACAUCUUUUGCCUCAGUUGCCAAAAGCCGACCUGCUCCCUCUGCAAGGUGUUCGGCGCCCACAAGGCCUGCCAGGUGGCACCGCUGCCAGAGGUGUACCAGCAGCAGAAGUCGGAGCUGACUGAUGGCAUCAGCUCGCUGGUGUCAGUAAACAGCCGGGUCCAGGCUUCCAUAAGUGAGCUAGAGGAGACCUGUAGAAACAUUGAGGAGAACUGCAAGACACAGAAGCGGGCCCUGUGCGACAAGUUCGACCGCAUGUACGCCAUCUUGGAGGAGAGGCGAAACAUCAUGACGCAGCGAAUCAGCUACGAGCAGGAGGAGAAGAUGGGGUGCACUCAGGAACUGCUGCGCUCCAAUGGGGAGAACGUCGAAGCCAACACUAAACUGGUGGAGACGGCUCUAAGGAUCAUGGAGGAGCCUGAGAUGGCUGCCUUCGUGGAGAGUUCCAGAGCGCUAAUUGAGAAGGUGCUAGAAGCGACCAAGUCCACUACGAUUCAGACCCUGGAGCCAGGCUAUGAAAACAUGGACCACUACAAGGUGGACUUCAAUGCAGAGGAAAGGACUCUCUACCAACUGGACUUUGAAGUUGAGGAGGAGGUUCCAGAGGAGCCAGAACCAGAACUUGAACCAGAGCCAGAGCCAGAACCAGAACUUGAACAAGUAAUAGAACCCUUUCCAGUUCCAGAGCCUGUUUUGGAAUCCGUAUUGGUUCUAGAACCACCACCAGUGUGGGUCCCAGUGUCCAGCCUGGUUGUGAGUCCAGAGGAGACUGAGGUCAGACUGAAGUCUGAAGAAUGGAGUCUGAAGGACCCUGGAGCUGAUUAUAAAGACGAGGAGAAGAUAGAGGAGGAAGAGGAGGAAGAGGAGAAGGUCAGGGGGCAGGCAGAAGGAUGUGUUGCAGACCCUUAUAAAGAAAACCUGUGUGAAGCUGAUGGGAUGAACAUACAGCAGACUGAGCCAGAGUGGGGGCAGCAGGGUGAACCUGAUUCAGGUGCCUGGGCAGCCCAGGGAACGGCGAUGAGUGGGGCCAGAGAAGAGGAAACUAGGUUUUACCCCAGCUGGUACUCUCCCAACGGCUGGCACAGGCUUAGCCCCAGUCCAGCUGCCAAAACAAAGCCACUGGCAGUACCAUAUAACACCCCCCAACUAAAUAAGGGACCCCAACCCCCAUUUCAGCCCCAGCCCCUCUCCCUACCCCAGUACCAGCCCCUUCAACUUCAGCCUCAGCAGUUGUCUCUAUCCCAGCAGCCCCCACCCAUACCCACACCUCGCUGGUUGGAAGCUAGUUUCGCCACGUCUCCCCCUGUUGACCAGGCCAGUCUGUUAGCAGGAGGGCUGGGGUCUACAUCCACAGGAGGUCACCAGGGGUGUGUGUCCCAGGCUGGGGUUGAGGGAGAUAGCCCUGGACUAGGAGUGAGUGUCACCCAAGUUAGGGAGGGCGUCCCUGGGCUGGAGGAGAGUGCUGUCGGCAGGGUUGGCAGUGGGCCCUCCACCCCACAGCAGGUCAGUCUGAUCCAGAAAGGUCGCCGUCACAGCCUCCAUCACCAUCCAAGCAGCCAUUUCCUGCCCCGUGUGUCCCACGCUGCUGCUGAUGUGUCCUCCACUUCCUCCUCCUCAUGUCACCCUUGCGUCAUGGCCGCCGCUGCCCCACCUCGCUCAGUCACCCUCGUCACCAUGUGUCUCUGUGUCACUGCUCUCUCUGUCUGUCACAGGGAAGGGAUCUUCUACGCCAUGUCUGAAACUGUCAUCUUCAUCUAUAGAAAACACUCUUUAGGUUUUGUUGUGUAUGUUUGGUUAAGGGGUAGUGAAAUAUACAUAUGGACAAGUGCAGUAUAAUCAGGUACACCUAUGGGGAUGCAAUAAACAUGUUGGUAAAGUGAAAACUGCACAUGUUAUCCAGACCAUAAUGUCUCCUAUGAGCCAGCUCUUCCAGGCUAGGUGACCAGUGAGAAGGACUGUCCCUAUCAGCUCUUAUCGUCUGUUGCCCGGACUACCGGUGAUCACACGAGUGAUCCUUCCAUCCGUGUCCCCCGGUCCACUUUUGCCAUUCUGAGGCUUGUUUUCCCGUCCCCCCCCAUCUCUCCCCAGGCGGUCACCCUCUUCUUCUACCUGGUGGUGCUCCUGGUCAUCCUGCAGAGGGUCUGGGCUUGUAUCGGCUGCUUCAUAUGUAUAUAACAGAGCAGGCCGCUCUCCCUGGGGUCCACACUCAGGAACCAUCAGAGUCAGCCCCUCUCAGUGGCACCCCAGGAGGACGGGAGAGGGGCGGAGCAGAACACACACACAAACUUCUUUACCCCAGACUCUACUGCCCCCUGGUGGAUGGAUGUAUAAAGUCAGGGAGUCAGGCAGGCAGGCAGGCAGGCAGGCAGAUUGGAUCUGGGUUGGGGAAUAACAGUCCCACAGGCCCCUCCCCCGCGACCCCCGCUGGUGGGAUACAGACCCCCGUUCGCCUCAGCGAGACCCCGCCUCGUCUCAGUUUCUCCUUCUCCUGGCUCAAUGCCCUCUCCAAGAAGAAAAAGUAAGCGGAGGCCCCACAGCCCAGUUGGAGGUCAAACUCGCCUCCUGGUUUUAAGGGAAAUAAGCAGACCUGAGUCCGCCCGUACCGUACAUAUCCAGUCUCAAUCCCCUUCACACGAAUUUGAAUCGAAAGAAUUCGCACGUCUUAAUUGCUAUAGUUGUAUUUUUAAUGGUAGAGGUUUGUGAAAGAGUUGAGUUUGAUUGCAUAUGUCUCAAGGACUUUGUCUUUUUUAUUUUAUGAAUUUGAUUGUAAUGUGACUGCAUUUUAUCUACAGGCCUAUUUUACUGAAGAGAAUGUAGCCUACUGUAAAAACAGAAUAUUGUAUGUUUGGUGAAGGACUUGGACAUAUUAUUGCAUGAACGUUUCUGCACUUUAUUAAAAUUGAAUAAAACACGUGAAGUACUG